AACAGACCUCACUCUCCUUCACUACCUCUGCGGCUCUGCCAGAUAUUCUAAUUUUUCUCUACGGAUCGAUCAGUUGCUGAAACCCUAGAUCCGAUCCGAUCCAAAAAACGAUGUCGUCAAGGAAACAGCGAGAGCGUCAAAUGCUAGAAUCAAUCUACUCAAUGAUCGCUCUCGUCUUCAUCCUUGUCACCUGCAUCGAGCUAUGUGACGCAGCAACUGUCGUCGACGUCUACCGCUUAAUCCAAUACGAUAUCUCCGGAGCUCAGUUCGGAUCGCGUUUUGCCACUUUGAACCACCACGCCGGCUCCUUGCAUCUCCCUCCCGGCGUCGAUCUUUCUCGCACUGUCGUCAUCAUUCCUGUUCGUGAAUUGAAUAUCACUUUGGUUAAAGAGUUUAUUGCACAAAGAAAACCGCUGGGAGGAUUAUUAUUUUUGCUGCCGCAAAUGCUUAAUUUUGAAAAUAGAGACCCCACGUCUGAGAGCAAGUAUCAAAUACAUGAGAAGAAGUUGACAAAGAAUGUUUUGGUGGAGCUUGAACGAUUGCUUAUUUAUGCCAAUAUUCCCUAUCCGGUAUAUUUUGCUUUUGAGAAUGAUGACAUUGAUGCUGUGUUGGCUGAUGUCAAGAGGAAUGAUGCCUCUGGUCAGCCUGCUACUGCGACAACUGGCAGCUACAAGCUUGUUGUCUCAGCACCAGAACCUAAGAGAAUUGCAUCUCCUGCCAUCACAAACAUUCAGGGGUGGUUGCCAGGGCUGAAAGCAGAUGGAGAUCCGAAUCAACUUCCAACUAUUGCUAUUGUAGCAUCAUAUGAUACUUUUGGAACUGCACCUGCAUUAUCUGUUGGAAGUGAUAGCAAUGGGAGUGGCAUUGUGGCUCUUCUUGAAAUAGCUAGGUUAUUUUCACUUCUUUAUUCUAAUCCAAAGACAAGAGGACGGUAUAACUUACUUUUUGGGCUAACAUCCGGUGGACCUUAUAACUACAAUGGAACCCACAAGUGGCUUCGGAGCUUUGAUCAACGUCUACGAGAAAGCAUCGAUUAUGCUAUUUGCUUGAAUAGCAUUGGCUCAUGGGAUAACAAAUUGUGGAUUCAUGUGUCCAAGCCUCCUGAGAAUGCCUUAAUUAAACAAAUAUUUGAAGGUUUCUCUACUGUAGCAGAAGAGCUGGGCAUUGAAGUUAGUUUGAAGCACAAGAAAAUUAAUAUCUCAAAUCCUCGAGUAGCUUGGGAGCACGAGCAGUUUUCAAAGCUGAGGGUCACGGCUGCUACCCUUACCGGACUUUCUGCACCACCUGAACUGUUAGAAAGAACUGGAGGUCUAUCUGACAGCAGACAUUUUGUAAACGAAGAUGCAAUAGUUAGAAGUAUCAAGCUAGUUGCUGAGAAUAUCGCGAGGCAUGUCUAUGAUUACCAAGGGAAAAACAUUCAAAUCUUUGCGGAUGACACUAGUUUGGCUGUCAAUGCUCCUUACAUAAGAUCCUGGUUGGAUCUUUUGUCACAAACACCUCGAGUGGCACCAUUUCUAUCAAAGAAUGACCCAUUUGUCAUGGCACUGAAAAAGGAAUUAGAAGAUCAUACUCAUGAAGUAAAUGUGCAACAUGAGGUGCUCGAUGGGAUGUUCACAAUCUAUGACUCAACUAAAGCUAAACUAAACAUAUACCAGGUUGCUAGUGUAACAUUCGACUUGCUGUUGCUUCUAGUGCUAGGAUCAUAUUUGAUUAUACUUUUCACUUUUCUUGUCAUCACAACAAGGGGUCUUGAUGAUCUCAUAAGUUUAUUCCGACGGCCUCCCUCUCGUAAGGUGAAAGCAGCAUGACAAAAGAAGCUGGAUUUGUGCACUGAAGCUGUUUAUCCUUGUUGCUGAAGAGCAUCACAUGUAGCAUAGAAUGUAACCUCUGCCAUGGAGGAGUUUGUGUUGUUUACUAGUUGUGCGUUGUCGAUUAGGUCAGAAUCAUGAGGGAUCAGUUUAAUUUUGGUCCUAGGAGGAUAAUUUUUUUUUAAAAAAAUUUAUGGUGCUGGAAUGAGUUGAGAUUUGUUAACAUAGGCUGAAGAAAAGUUUAGGUGAAGGAUAUUUUAAACCAGAGACUUUAGCCAGCAUUUUUUUGUAGAGGAUGAUCUGUAUUUGUGGCACCAGCACCAUGAUUUCGUGAUGGCCUUUCCUAUAAAGUUUCGAGCAGUUUCCUA